CAGAGCGACUGGCUGGGCACGACGCGGCCCCGGGGUGCCGCACCGCGGCGGGGGCUCUGCGGGGGCCGGUGCGAGGCCGGCGGGCGCCGCGCGCGGAGGCGGCCGGCAUCAUCAUGACAACAGAAAAGAGCCCAGCAGCUGACGCUGACAGCUCAGAGCAGCAGCAAGCCAAGGAGGAGGAAGGAGCUGCUGAAACACAGAAGCAAGAGGCUUCCCUGGAGGAAGGGGCUCAGCCAACACCAGAGAGGCAGCCCCAGAGGCAGAAGGCCUCCAACGGAGAAACCCCCACGCACGAGGAGCAGGGCAAGAAAGAGCGUCGCGCCUCCGAGGGCCGAGGUCUCUCCCGCCUCUUUUCCUCCUUCCUCAGGAGGCCCAAGUCUCAGGUAUCCGAAGAGGACAAGGACACUGAUGCUCCUAAAGAGGCGGGAGGUGACCAGAAAGAUGCAGGAUUAGGAGCCAGCCCUGAUGAAGAUAUCUUGGUGAAAGCCCCGAUUGCAGCUCCUGAACCCGAGCUCAAAACUGACCCAUCGCUGGAUCUCCAUUCCUUGAGCAGUGCAGAAACACAGCCUGCUCAAGAAGAGAGGAGGGACGACCAGGAGCCUUUGGGAAGAGACCUCGAGGACAGGGAAGAAGGAGAAGCGAAGGAAGAGGGUGCCAAGCCAGAACUGAAGCCAGAGUCUCUGGAGACUAAAGCAGACAAGGAUUUGAAAGCUGCCCCAAAAGUAGUGAAAAGACACAGAAACAUGUACUGCAAAGUUGUCUUGCUGGAUGACACCAUUUUUGAGUGUUCUGUGGAUAAACACACCAAGGGACAGGAUCUACUUAAAAAAGUCUGUGACCACCUCAAUCUGCUGGAAGAAGACUACUUUGGUUUGGCCACAUGGGACACACCAACCUCCAGGACGUGGCUGGAUCCUGCCAAAGAAAUAAAAAAACAGGUUCAUGGAGGCCCCUGGGAUUUUACCUUCAAUGUCAAGUUUUAUCCACCAGAUCCUGCCCAGCUAACAGAGGACAUCACCAGGUAUUACCUGUGUCUGCAGCUCAGACAGGACAUCCUGACAGGGCGGCUGCCCUGCUCCUUUGCCACCUUGGCUCUGCUGGGUUCCUACACUGUCCAGUCAGAGUUGGGAGACUAUGAUCCUGAUCUCCAUGGCCCAGAUUACAUCAGUGAAUUCAAACUGGCCCCAAACCAGACAAAAGAGCUUGAAGAAAAGGUUGUGGAACUCCAUAAAACAUAUAGAUCCAUGACUCCAGCCCAAGCAGACCUGGAAUUUCUUGAGAAUGCAAAAAAGCUGUCUAUGUAUGGAGUCGACCUUCACCAAGCCAAGGACUUAGAAGGAGUGGAUAUCACUCUGGGAGUCUGUUCCAGUGGCCUUCUUGUUUACAAAGAUAAACUGAGAAUCAACCGCUUCCCAUGGCCCAAAGUCCUGAAGAUUUCCUACAAACGCAGCAGCUUCUUCAUAAAGAUCCGGCCAGGGGAGCAAGAACAGUAUGAAAGUACAAUUGGGUUCAAGCUACCAAGUUACCGGGCAGCAAAGAAGCUCUGGAAAGUAUGUGUUGAACAUCACACCUUCUUCAGGCUGACUUCCACGGAGGCCAUCCCGAAGAGCAGGUUCCUGGCGCUGGGCUCCAAGUUCCGCUACAGCGGCCGCACGCAGGCGCAGACGCGGCAGGCGAGCGCCCUGAUCGACCGCCCCGCGCCCCAGUUCGAGCGCACGGCCAGCAAGAGAGCGUCCAGGAGCCUCGAUGGAGCUAAACGUGCGACUCAAAAGGUUGAGUUCAGAACCCUAGAGGAAGAGAAGCAGAAGGAGGUGGUGGUGGUUGAGGUUCCUGAACCAAAACCUGCGGAUCAGAUCCGAGAGAAGCCAGCCAAACACACUCUUGAAACUUUUGAAAUGAAACCCAUUGCAGAGGAGGAAGAGGAGGAGAAGGUAGAGGUCAUUAAGGUUCCUGUUGCCAAGCCAAAGUCAGUGGAGCUGGUGCAGCCGUGGUCAGCAGUGGCUGUGAUAACCCCAGAGCGGAGUCCCCGGCCUACCUCAGCCCCAGCCAUCGCUCAGAGCCACCCUGCAGAACCAGCCCCAGCUAAGUCCACUGUGAAGGACGUGGCCACAUCUAAAGUAGGGAAGGAAACAGCAAAAUCUGAUGUGAGACGUGAAGAAUUUGCACUGGAGAAACCCAAGGAGCCAGUGGACGCCUCAAAGGUGAGGAAAACACAUAUUGAGGUCACAGUCCCCACCACGAAUGGUGCCCAGCCCCAGCAGCAGCCUGCAGAAAAAGAGGAAGAGCUGAUAAGAAUGAGGAAGAAGAGAUCAAAGAGGCUAGAUGGUGAAAACAUUUAUAUCAGGCAUAGCAAUUUAAUGUUGGAGGAUCUAGAUAAGACCCAGGAGGAAAUAAAGAAGCACCAUGCCAACAUCAGUGAGCUGAAGAAGAACUUCAUGGAGUCCGUGCCCGAGCCUCGGCCGAGCGAGUGGGACAAACGUUUGUCCACCCACUCCCCGUUCCGCAGCCUCAACGUCAACGGGCAGAUCCCCACGGGAGCGGACGGAGUCAAGAAAGUCACUGUCCCAUCUUCUGAGAGACAGGUUGGUGGGCUUGAGACACGGGAACGGCCUCUGUUAGUACAGGAUGAAGACAAACUAAAAGAGCAGGAGAUACCUACUGAGACAGCCUUUCCCCGGCCAGCAAGUGAAGCAACUCUUCCAAAGGUUUCUAUUGCAAUCCCUGAAGAGCAGAAAUCACUCAAAAAGUGUCAGCUGUACUCUAGCGUUUUUCCUUCUCCACGUAUUCCCUUUAUGAUGUCCUUCCUCCUGGUUAUAGCACUGACUGUUUGGUGGCUGCUCUUUCUCUGAGUGGCAACAGGGUCAUAUUGAAACCUCAAGACCAAAGCUCCUGAAUUUCUGGGCUGUAGUCUCUGCUGCAUCUUCUUUGUCCUGGUUUCUGAUCUCCGUAGUUGGCUGUCCUGGGAGGGACACCCGUGACUGUCGUGUUAAUCCUGCUGUGUGUCCUUGUGUGGCUGUGAUGGGACCUAGCAGGAGUGCUCCUGGAUUGCCAGGUCCAUUCUGAAGUUUCCGGUGGUGCAAAAGCAAAUUCUUUGAAUUGUGUUCCCAUCUGCUGUGGGAGAGCAGAUGGGUGGAGGAAACCCUGAGAGGAGAGUCUGGUUUCCCAAGCCCCUGAAGACUUCCCAUAGGAAUUGCUGGAGAAUUGCUUUUAAGCUUGUUGUUUUAAAUGUAAGAUAUUCACAAGCUGAAGAACAUUUGACACUGAUCUAAAAUAUGCUUUACAGGAAUCUGCUGAGUCACAGAAUCCUGGAAUGGUUUGGGGUUGGAAGGGCCCAUAAAGGUCAUCUUGUUCCCCCUCUGCUGUGGUCAGGGAACCUUCCUCUGGACCAGGUUGUUCCAAGUCCCAUCCAACCUGGCCUUGAACAAUUCCAGGCAUGGGAAUCCACAGCCUCUGUGGGCAACAAGAGGUUGACUCUCUAGGAAGAACAUUAUAAUCUAAUCCAUAAACACUAAAUUUCUAGGAAACUCAGAUUGGCACUUAAAUAAAAAGUACUGGUUCUCACUGCCGCUCUUGGUAAUAAAUUAGGGACAGGGUCUGCCUUUCAUUUUCUAGUGGCGGAAGCCUGUGACAAAGUAUCCCAGCUUUCCUCUCCACCGCUGUUCUCACAUCCAAGAAAAUACAUAGUGUUACAGGAGAAAACUCAUUGCAAUGAGAUAUUUAUUGUAAACAUAGAUUAAUUUUUUUUUUUUUAAUCUGAAGGACUUUGUGCACUUGGAAUGUUUUAUUUAAUUUGUGUAGAACUAACUGAUGCAUGUUUGCUUAGGUCACAGAGAUGGAGUUACCUGUUGUUUGAACAUUCCCUCUGCUGGCAAGUUGGCUUGGCCACAUCAGGACACACUUCUAAUGUUAAAGCCCUCGAUUGUUUUUGACUUCUUUAACCAAACUGUUGCAUGCCGCUCGUUGUUUAUUGCCUAAAAUGUGUCUGGAGGAUGCUCCCAUUUAUCCAAGUUAUCCUGCCUGAACUGUGCAGGCUCCAGCCCAGCUAGACUGAGCAGAGCUGGUUUGUGAAUUGGAGGGAAGGUGGGACUUCGUGUCUAAGGGGUUUCUUUUCUGUAAAUAGUAACAAUGGGGCGGAGCUGAGCCCCCCCAUUUCUCCUUUCAGCACUAAUCUGUGUUCUCCUGUGUCCCCUGGAGGACUGGACUGGACACAGUCACUUGGAGAACACCCCCAGUGUCACCAGUGGUGGCAGCUGCUCCAGCAGCAUGGAACAGAAAGGAGCAGGCCUUUACUACAUGGACUAAAAUGUGUGAAUAUAUAUAAAUACCUGUAUUUAUAACCCUUUCUAGAUCUGUAUCUGUGUGAACAGUAUUAUUUAGGAAGCUAGCAGAUAAACUGGAAGGAAUAAGGUAAACAUGGCAUGUGCUGUCUGCUCUGAGGGUCCGUGGGGUAUCAUGGGCCAUUCGAGCCACCUCUUGCUCUUGAGGUACAGGUUGAGGUUCUAAAUGCUGUCUCAGAAACUUAGGUUGCUAGUGAAAUCCUUUGUUUUAAUCCCACAGGAAUCCUUCCAAUUCCUCUUGUAACCUGCUCCGAUUAGUUCACCAGUUUGUGCCUUUAGGACUUUGUUUUGUGAGGAUGCUGAUUUUUCAUUGGAAAAUAUUCCUCCCUUUUUAAAACACUGCCUUUAAUACACAGUCUUCCUCCUUUGGCACUAGGAAGUGUAGAAGUCUGAGGCUUGUUGUCCACGUGUAGUCUGGUGUGAAGGAGGGUGCUGGCAGGCUGUGUCCCUGAAUCCUUGGAGCAUCCCUAGGAAUGCUCCAAGGAGAGCAGCACUUGCACUCCAGCAGAUCUGAUGUGGAGUUUAGGAAGAUGGAGGCGGGCCCUGGAGAGGAGAGGUGAGGGAGGAUGCUGGGAUGCCAUGUGCUGUGCAGAAAAUGCAGGCUGGAAGAAGUCAAGGGUUACUUGUGGUUGGCAUUCCCUUCCUGCAUCUCCUUCCCAAAGUGGUAACUGUUGUGAUGAAGAACAGGGAUUGUUUGUUCUCCCCAGCCUGGUGUGAUGAGGGAAGAAACAGGAGUUGUUUGGAUCUCUCUGUCCAUUUUCUGUCCAUAUUUCCUGGAGUUUGAACACAGGUGCUUCCUUCCCAAAGCCAUUGCUCGGGAUCGCUGCCUGGGAUGCUGCAGUGAGCACUGCUGAGUUUCCUGCAUUUCUGACCCAGUGACAAGAACUUGGAAGCCACACUGGUGCCUUUGGCAAAGCCAUGGUUUCUAUAGCUCUGUCACCCAUUUUCAAAGGACCUGAAUUCUAAAACUUUAAUUGUCCAGAGCAACCUUAGGCCAGAGUGCUCAGGGUGUCUCAUCCUAGUGGGGUAAGAGAUAGGCUGUGUCACCUCUACUCAAUUCUUUGACUCUUUAAUUCAAGUGGUCUCUUUCUCUCUCUUUAGAUCUUUAGAUAAGGCUGGUUGUCAUCAGCAAAAAACCUUGGAAACUUUACACUCUGAGAAUGCUCAGGAACAUUUUUGCAAUUUAUAUACCAAUUAUCACUGCAGAGUAAAAGAAACUGAACAAAUGCUUUCUGUAUUUCUGGCGGUUUAGAGGCCAGUUAUCCAUAUUCAUCCAGGUAGAUCUGAUCCCUCCUGAGAGAGGAGGCCUGGAACUUAGCAGGAACAGAAACCUCAUCUGUCCAGUGCCCCAGGGAUGUGCCCACUGGGCUACAGACCCCUUCCCAGGCGCUCUUCUGCUUUUUUCCCUGUUUGCUUGUGAUGCAAAGGGAGUGACAGUCCAUGGCAAUCCACGUAAGGUCUCAUUCCUGCACAUUCUGUAUCCCGUUUGUGCACAUUCCAUAUUUUUACACCUUGGUGCUCUGGUUUCCCCCUUUUCCCAUGAUGUCAGCACAGGAUGCAGCACCGAGAGGAGGAUUUUGUGAGUCCUGCUGUCAUCCCUGUGCACAGGGAGAGCUGAUUGGCUCUAGUGCUGUUUAACGGCUGAGAUCUCAGGGGAUCUAUAAAAGAACCAAUACAUGAACUUCAUUCCUAUUUUCCUCAGGAACAAACUUGCUGGGAACAUCAGCAACUCCUGCCUGCCUGCCCCGACACUGGCACCCGUUGACAUGGGGAUUCACACACUCUGUUCAGCCAGGCUGAUGCAGUGCCAGGCUGUGGGUGAUGGAGAGCUGAGUUAUCCCUCCUGCAAGGAAGCUGUAAGUGUCUGCAGCAUGUAACCUCAUCCAGGUUGGCAGGAGAAAUCCUGGUUUUUCAAGGUGACCUGCUGCAGAAAAUGUCAUUCUGGUGACUGGCACACUGGUGACACAAGCAGGAUAAGUCUGCCAGAAGUUUUGUCCAGUGUUUUGUGGUGUGGUCACUCAGCUCUUUGAUGCUCUUUGAUGUGUGUGGGAUCCCACUGGGAGCUGUGGAGGGUUCAGUGAUUCCCAUUGUGAUAUUGACGGUUGGCUUCAUAGCCACUUCCUGAAUCUCCUUACCCGGCUUCCACCUCUUUUGGACACCACCUAAAACACACAGAAGUUUCUUGUGCUUUCUUGCUUUAGGAGAAAGUGGAAACCAGUAUUCUGAAGCAGCAGAUGUGCCAGAGCCAAUUGCUUGGAACUCAGAUUCAGCUCUGAGGCUCUGCUGGGUGUGGGGCUCUGUGUGUGAUGAUACUCGAGGUCUUUGUUGCUCUAAAACAAUAUCCCUUUUCUUUUUUGACUGCUGAAAGGGAGCAGAUAAAGAAGGAUGUUGCCUGCACCUCCUCCCACCUUCUGCCUCGCUUGGGGAGUGAUGGAAGGUGAGCUGAGGACUCUCCAUGGGCAGCUCAGUCAGGGCAGUGUUCAGCCAAGACUGGCUCCCCUUUCUUGUGGCUUUUCCAGUAACUAGUGAUGACUCUAAAGAGUAGGUAUUCCAUAUCUCACUCCUAUUCUGAAAUAAUCAGUAGAGGAUGAUUUCCUCAGCACAAAGGGAAGUAGUUUGUGUUGGGAGGAAUGAGGCUUGGCUGUACCACCAGCUCCUGGGAAGGUUAUCAUAGAAUCAUGAAAUACCCUGAGUUGGAAGGGAGCCACGAGGAUCAUCAAGCCCAGAUCCCAAUGGUUAUGGGCAAAGUCUUUCACUUCACAUCAGUGUUAGUAAUUUAUCACUCUGAGAAUUGUUUCACUGGUUUAUUGCAUUUUCUUUUUUCCUUGCCAUGAGUUGAUGGUGCUUGUUCUGACCUAUGGGAUGAGGGAAGAAGCUUUCUGGAUAAAUUCAGCCCAAGAAAGCAUUAUGGAUUCAUGCAGAAGCUCAUUGGUCUGUAGUUAUUGGUGGGUGAUGCUGGAGAACCUGACAGAGUUGGUUCCUCUUGUGUCUCUGUUUGCAUCUGUUGUGGUUUGUGGGACUGGAGAGAAAGACAGGCCUUGGUUUGGGCCCUUUGGGAUCUUUUAACAAUGGUAGACAGUCUUGUUAGACUAGUCCUGUGGGGACUAGAAACACUUUCUUUUUUUACCUAAAAUGCUCUUUUGGAACACUUUUUUGGUUUUGUAUUUUUUCUCAGAUUUUUCGUUGUAAAUAUGUACAUUUAUCCAUUAAUAAAUGUUAUUGCAAAUCA